AGACAGAGUUUAUUGAAGGACAGAGAGAACAUGAGUGAUCCAGAACCCUGCAGAAUUAAACAGGAAGAGACUGAAGAACAAAUAGACCUAAUUGAAGAGAGUGAGGAGAGUAAAGAGGAGAAACAUGUCAAAGCUGAAAAAAUACCUCGAUUACAGACUUAUGAUAUCCAUUUUAUAAAAGAAGAAGAAUCACAAGAAUGCAAGAGUCAUUGCAUCUGCACUCAGUGUGGGAAGAGUUUCAGACUGUCAUCAGCCCUUGAAAAACACACGAGGAUCCACACUCUAGAGAAACCAUUCACCUGCACUCAGUGUGGGAAGAGUUUUAAACGAUUAUCAUACCUUAAUAAACACCUGAGGAUUCACACUGGAGAGAAACCAUUCUCAUGUACUCGGUGUGAGAAGAGUUUCACACGAUCACACUACCUUAAACUGCACACAAUGAACCACACUGGAGAGAGACCACACAAGUGUGGUCAAUGCGGCAAAACAUUUCUGAGAGAUUCACAGCUGAAGAUGCAUCUUGGAGUUCAUACAAAGGAGAAACCGUAUUCCUGUUCUCAGUGUGGAAAGAGUUUUGCACAGCAGUCAAAUGUAAGAAAACAUCAGAAGAUCCACACUGGUGUGAAGGAGCAUAUGUGCUUUGAGUGUGAGAAGACUUUUAUUACAGCUGGAGAAUUGAAACUGCACCAGAGGACUCACACUGGAGAGAGACCUUACAAGUGUUUACUCUGCGACAAGAGAUUCAGUCAGUCAGGAAGCCUGAAAACACAUCAAAUGAUUCACACUGGAGAGAAACCGUACACGUGUUCACACUGUAAUAAGAGAUUUUAUGGUUUAGAGCAUCUGAAAAGACAUGAGAGGACUCACACUGGAGAGAAACCGUACAAGUGUUCACACUGCGACAAGGCAUUCAGUCAGUCAGGAAGCAUGAAAACGCAUGAGAGGACUCACACUGGAGAGAAACCGUACACAUGUGAUCAGUGUCUGAAGUGUUUCACACAUUUGUUUCAGCUUAAGAAGCACAUGAAAAUCCACAGUGGAGAAAAAUGUGGGAAAGACUGUGAAGGAGGCCUAAUUGAAGAGAACGAGGAGGGUGGAGAGGAGAAACAUGUCAAAGCUGAAAAUAUACCUCAGUUACAGACUUCUGAUAUUUAUUUUAUGAACAGAAGAAGCAAGAAUCAUUGCAUCUGCACUGAGUGUGGGAAGAGUUUCAGACGCUUAUCAUCUCUUAAUCAACACAUGAUGAUGCACACUGGAGAGAAACCGUUCACCUGCACUCAGUGUGGGAUGAGUUACAGUCGAUUAUCAUACCUUAAAAAUCACAUGAGGAUUCACACCGGAGAGAGACCAUUCAAAUGCAAUGAGUGUGGGAGGAGUUUCACACAAUCAUCAUAUUUUAAUCGACACAUGAUGAUCCACACUGGAGAGAAACCACACAGAUGUGAUCAAUGCGGCAAAACGUUUUUGAGCUCUUCACAGCUGAAGGUCCAUCUUAUAGUUCAUACAAAGGAGAAACCGUAUUCCUGUUCUGAGUGUGGAAAGAGUUUUACACAGCUGGCAAAUUUAGGAAAACAUCAGAAGAUCCACACUGGUCUGAAAGAGCAUAUGUGCUUUGAGUGUGAGAAGACUUUUAUUACGGCUGCAGAAUUGAAAGUGCACCAGAGUAUUCACACUGGAGAGAAACCGUACAAGUGUUCACACUGCGACAAGGGGUUUUGUCAGUUAGGGAGACUGAAAACACAUGAGAGGAUUCACACUGGAGAGAAACCGUACACAUGUUCACACUGUAAUAAGGGAUUUUGUCAGUUAGGAAAACUGAAAACGCAUCAAAUGAUUCACACUGGAGAGAAACCGUACAAGUGUUCACACUGUGACAAGGGAUUUCAUGUGUUAGAUCAUCUGAAAAUGCAUGAGAGGAUUCACACUGGAGAGAAACCUUAUAAGUGUUCAUACUGCGACAAGAGAUUCAGUCAGUCAGGAGGUAUGAAAACGCAUGAGAGGACUCACACUGGAGAGAGACCGUACACGUGUGAUCAGUGUCUGAAGAGUUUCCCACGUCUGUUUCAGCUUAAGAAACACAUGAAAAUCCACAGUGGAGAAGAAAAGCACACAUGACGUCAAUGCAGCAAAACAGUUUCUUGUGUGCGAAAGGUUUUUAUGUCUGAACAUCAGAAAACUUUGACUUUAUUGGGAAUCAAUGACUCUGAAAUUAGACUGGUCCACUGUGGUGUUCGUCAGGGAUCUGUCUUAGGUUCCAUACUGUUUAGUAUCUACAUGAGGUUGGACAAUGAAACUGAAAUCCCUGGUUUUAGACCACAAUAGUUCAUUGAAAUGAUGAACGCCCUCUCCUGGAUGUGGGAAAGACAGUGAAGGUGGACUUUAACUGAGAACAAUAUAUGUUUUACAUUGGCCACCGCCCAAGAUUGUCGCUGCUGGCACCAUUGAAAUCGAUGUUUGGCAUUGGUACGAUUGAGCAAAGUUUUGACUAGCUGCCCAGGCAUUUAUAUUGAUCCUCUGAAGUUCCCGAUGAACAGUUUUGGUGGAAACAGGAGAGUUGAGGUAAACAUUUAAUUCUACAGUGACUUUGGGCAGCUGUGGGUUCUUUUUUUAAUACAAUCCAGGAUUCAAUCCUUUUCAGACAGCUGACAUUACUCUGGAUAUCACGGCUCUUAGUACACCGCGAAGACUUGCUGUUUUAGUCACAGAUGGGCCAGCGAGACUCGCACUAACAAUUUGUCCUGUUUUUGAACUCUGAUGUGUCGCCAUAAUGUUUUGUGCGUUGCAAUAUUUUAAGCAAAUCUAUUUAAAAGAGCUAUUACUCUGCUAAUUAAACACUCUGCUCUUACUGGUAGAAUGUGCAAUCAAUGAAGAUUGGCCACCAGGCGGGUCAAAACCUCCAACACUAAAUUGGCCAGUGUCGGUCAUACAACUUCAAAACUUCACUCUUUAAACUUCAAAUAAAUAAUUUAUUAAAUUAAUUAAUAAUUUAGUGAGAAAUAUCAACCUUCUAAAUAAAAAAACUAGGCCUACAAACUGAUGUUCAAAUGGUAUUCACACAUACCAUUAAACAUUAUAAAACCAUUACCUUCAUUCAUUUUCUUUUCAGCUUAGUCCCUUUAUUAAUCUGGGGUUGUAAUGACCCGCCAACUUAUCCAGCAUAUGUUUUUACUCAGCGGAUGCCCUUCCAGCCGCAACCCAUCACUGGAAACAUCCAUACUCACUCAUUUACACACAUAUACUACGUCAAUUUUAGCAUACCCAAUUCACCUUUACCACAUGUGUUUUGCACCCGGAGGAUACCCACGCGAACACGAGGAGAACAUGCAAACAGAAAUGCCAUCUGACCCAGCCGAGGCUCGAAUCAGCAACCUUCUUGCUGUAAGGCGAACGUGCUACCCACUGUGCCACCGCGUCGCCCCAAAAGUUUUAAAGUAAAAACAGCCUACCUUUUAAAUUGGUCUAGUGCAGUGGUUCUCAAACUUUUUUCAGCAAGUUCAUUUUUUUACUUGAAUUAUUCAGCGAUUACUCCACGUACCACUUGUACAUGUACCACAGUUUGAGAACCACUGCUCUAGUGUGUUGGGACAUAAUCCAUUAAAACUUCGAUUAAAAUUAAAUCAUUUUCCACAUCAGUUUUACCUGCACAGGAUAAUAUUAC